AUGGAGACCUCCCAGCUGGAUCCCGCUCAUAUGCGAUUGACCCGACGUGCUGCCUGUGACAGAUGUCGAACCCAGAAACUGCGGUGUGUACGAGUCUCGCUCAGCGAUUCGGCUAAAUGCAAGCGCUGCGAGAACGCAGGCACCUCGUGCCACUAUAGCAUCUCCAAGCCCGCCGGCCGGCCACCUGUCAACGGUUCUUCCUCCACGGCGUCCUCUUCUGGUCAGGGAAAGGGACUGAGUGAACCCGGACCCCAAGUGAGAUCACUGCAACGUAGUUCUCAGGGUGAUAACCCCGCGGAGCCGGGGAGGGUGCCACUGGCGCCAUCGGUGAUGGGCAAUGGGGAAGAACAGCCUGAAUCCAGGGCAGUGGGUCAGCAGGUUGAUCCUUUUGGACCCCAUAGCAUGGCAUGGUCACCGGGCCAUGAUGAUCUUGCAUCUCUGCCAUCGACAAACGGCUGGCCGACCACGCAGUCCCCGGUGAUCGCAUCAGUCCCCCGCACUCCCACCGCGACGCUGCCAGGAUUCCCGGAGGAAGAGGCCGACUGGUCGUCUACACUGCACGCGCAUGAUCCCGUGGAUGCUUUUUCCGAGUUGAACAUGCGUCUCUAUCAGUCGGCGACGGUCGGUAGCACCUUGGAACGGGACGUCAACCGUCCGGGGAAACUCCUCCCCUUCCCCACCCAAUUCGCGGGGAGGGUAAUCGAUAUAUCCUCGGCCUUUUUGGCACUUUUGAAGGCCAUCGGUGGUCAGCGGCAUAGAUUUGGUGAGCCUCAUGCAAACCAUCUAUUCUGGAACGGAGAGCUUUUGCGCGACCAGCACAUGCGUUUCACGGAUCGCUCGUCUGAGUCCAGCGAUGAUGACUCGGGAGGGCCUCGGCUCGAGGGAGAUGGCCACCGGUUUCGGCGCGACGCAAAUAAGUUGUGGAAGACAUCACCCCCUUUGGCAGAUAUCACGACACUGCUGCAGCUGCUGGCCUGCUAUCUCCGCCUACGUCAGCUGCACAAUAUCCUCUACACAGCCAUACACCAGUACAUGACGACGAUUCCGGCCGAGCCCAGGACCGCGCCGUAUCAGGGCUUCCACUCACCCUCCCGGACUGAUGCGAUGCUCGAGGAGACUGGCACGCGGCCUCCCCUGUUCAAGGAUCUUCAAAUUGGAGGGGUCUCACUGGAGGAUUUCCACCCCUUCCAGGUCAAAUUCGUGCUCCAGAUCGUCGUGCACAUUUUGGGCGAAAUCGAAUUUUCAUUAGGAUUACCUGCUGCCUACCGAGUCAGCAAAGAACUGGACGAUGAAGAACCAGGCAUUCUGGGCUCGAGCAUCUCCCCACAACUGCUCAAGACAGUGAUGCAGGACCAAACCUCCUCGUUUGGGCGUGUAGGGGGGGAGAGCAGCAUUGUGUUGGCGAUGCGGGAGCGGCUGAGCCAACUACGAAAGCUUCUGCGCGGUUCCAUCAACUUGUAG